CAACUCACGUCCUCUAUCAGCCGUUAGAUUGACAUAAUCCAGUCUAGAUCCAACGGUCUGAAUCUUAUCCAAGUGAAAAGAAAUGACACUGUUCCUUGUCCAGAAAAGUGUUUCCCUUUUUUAUAUCUUGCUCGUGAAGGAAGAAACAGAAGCGAACUUUUGCUUGGGAGAUCGCUAAGAGAACACGUCGCUCCUGGGAAAAUCCAUCUCUGUUACUUCGAUUGCUCUUGUGGCGAAUCUGUAGAAAUAUAUAUUUUUGUUGUUAUUGUUCUCUGGAUUUAUAAUUUUCUCUGGGUAGAGGAAAAAAAAUGGCGGAGGUGAUUUGCAGAACGGGUCUGUUAUUGGGAACUUGUCGGAAUCACCAUGGAAAUGAAAUCUGUGUUUCACCAGUGAGCUUCGGUAAGAAGAGAUUGUCAUGUCUGAAGCUGACGAACCAGAAGCCCCUUCGAAGCGACUUCCAUGGAAACCGGAUCGUUGUGGGAGAUGAUAGAAUUGACAGGUUCAGACGGAGCUUUCAGUCUUCCAUUAAAGCACAGACUGCUCUUCGAAUUGGAAGUGCUCACAAAUGGUGGGAGAAGUGCCUCCAACCAAACAUGAGAGAGAUCACAUCGGCGCAAGACCUCGUAGAUUCGCUUUGGAACGCCGGCGAUAAACUCGUCGUGGUCGAUUUCUUCUCGCCCGGUUGCGGCGGCUGUAAAGCUCUUCAUCCCAAGCUAUGUCAGUUGGCGGAGAUGAAUCCGGAUGUGGAGUUUCUGCAGGUGAAUUAUGAGGAGCACAAGUCCAUGUGUUAUAGCCUCGGAGUUCAUGUCCUUCCCUUCUUCCGGUUCUACCGAGGUGCUCACGGCCGUCUUUGCAGCUUUAGCUGUACCAAUGCAACGAUUAAAAAGUUCAAAGAUGCAUUGGCAAAGCAUGCACCAGACAGAUGCAGCCUCGGCCCGACCAAAGGUUUAGAGGAGAAAGAGCUUCUUGCCCUUGCGGCCAACAGAGAUCUUAACUUCACAUACACUCCGAAACCGUUGUCUCAACCCGAGCUCGUACCCUCUGAAAAAGAACCAGUCGCUAAUGACCCGAACCCGAGUCUCCCUCGACCUCUUCCUCUUCCAUUGUCAAACACCAAAGAACUCGCAGAUGAGAAGACAUUGGUCGCUGGAGGGAGAUGAAAAGGGUGUUUACUUUAUCCCCUAAAACAACAUAACAUCAUCCUCCUGUACAGUUUGCUUGGUAGUAGCUUGAUGUUGUGUUACAGUUGGUAAAGAUUUGUCUGAUCCAAGAGCUAACCGGCUUUGUGAGGUUCGGUUUUUCAGAACCCUGAACCGGUUCGCGUCCUAUCCGUGUGUGUUCUUUGUUUUUCAUGCCCGUUCUUCAGUUUUUUUUUUUUUGGGUUUUUGUUUCUGGUUUUUUAUGUACAAUGCUGCAGAUGAUGUGAUGAAAAUGAAUGGCUUUUUUCUUGUAAUUUU